AUGCGCUGCAUUGCGCACGUGGACAUGGACUGCUUCUAUGCACAAGUGGAGGCAGUGCGCCUCGGGCUGGACUGCCGCGUGACCCCGUUCGCACUCCUACAGUGGGGGAACUUUAUUGCUGUGAACUACCCGGCUCGUGCGCGUGGGGUGAAACGCUUUUGCCUCUCGCCAGACGAGGUAAGACGCGAGCUACCGGAUGUGCAGAUGUCCCACAUCGCCACGUACGCCGUGGGCGAGUCCGAGUACUGCUACCCGGAGGAUCCGCGUAUCAACACACACAAGGUGUCCCUGGAGCCGUACCGACAUGCAAGCCGACAGAUCUUCGCCAUUCUCCGGUCGGAGCCCGGGGUGAUGGUGGGAAAGGCCGGCAUUGACGAGGCGUACGUGGACGUGACGGAGGCGGCGCGACGGGAGCUCGCGGAGGUGCGCGCUGCCGCCGCGGGUGCCUCACUGGACCCACUGGUGGACGUGAUGGAGCCGUCGACGCGGCUGAUCGAGGACCGGCGGGCGGAGAUGGAGGCGUGGCUCUGUGCGCGCGGGACGUCGCUGGCUGCUGUGUUCGACGAGCCGAUGCGCGCCCUGGUGCGCGGUGAGUGCGGCGCUGGGCUGGAGGGCAGCCGCGCGUUCUGCGUUGGCGCGGACGACCCUGCGUACGCGGAGCGGUGCCUGUUGCUGUGCGCUGCAUCGCGCGUUGUCCACCGGCUGCGGCAGCGCAUCUAUGCGGAGCUGCACUACGACUGCUCCGCUGGGAUCGCGCACAACCGCGUUUUAGCAAAGUGCAUCAGCGCGACACACAAGCCGAACCAGCAGACGCUGCUGCUGCCUGACCGGGGCGCGAGUGCGCUGUUUGAGCUGCCGCUGAGUGGGCUGCGCGGGUUUGGGGGGAAGCUCGGUGCCGCUGUGAGCGUUGUGUGUGGCGGUGUGACGGAGUGCCGCGAGGCAUGGCUUGUGCCGCUUGCGCAGCUGUACAAGCUUGACGGGACGCAUGAUGCGGGCGUCGGGGCGGAUGCUGAGGAGGACGGGGAGGGACACGUCGAUGACGCCUAUGCGAACUGCAGGAGGGACACGAAAGCCAGUAAUGCUGGCGGUGGUGGCAGUAGCACCGAUGCCAAGAGUGGGACCGGUCUGUACGUCUUUUACCGCGUCCGCGGCUUUGGUAGUGACACUGUCGCUGAUCCGGUGUUGCCGCGUGGGAUGAGGGCGAGUAAGAUCUUCCACCCAUUGUGCAGCUCGUGGUCAGCGGCGCAGCUGUGGAUGGCACCGCUGGCAGGGGAGCUGUGGCACCGGUUUAGUGAGUACGAGUCGCACUACUACAAAGAGGGCCGAAGUUUGGUGGUUGUAUUCCGCACUUACGUCACCCCAGAGCAAGUGCGUCGUGGGCAGCACACGCGGUCUUAUCGAGCGCAAGCGCCCCUACCGGCGAACGUGCGAGAUGCGACCCAGAUUGCAGACAUAGGUCUACGCGAAUUUGUGAAGCUUAUGCGGGAGGUGACGAGGGAGGAAAAGGGAGGCGAGUGGAAGUCGGGAUCGACGACUUCGCUGCUGUCCCCACAUCUUUUCACCAAUCCCACGAAUGAAGUGCCCGAUGCACCGACGGGCAUUGCUGCACCUGCCAAUGAUGUGUCAGCGAUGCCUCCACUUCGUUUUCUUGAGCUCUCCAUUAUUGGGCUUCGUGUGCGUCCCCUGCCACCGACAGAAGGGGGCAAUGGCGGCACCGCAGGGGGUACUGACGGAGGGACGUCGGCAUCAACGCAGUGUUCCCUGGCGGAUAUGUUUGCGGCGCUCUCGGCCAACGCGACGGCGUCUGCAGGGUCAAAGGGCACGCGCACAGCAGUUGUUGGCGGAGGUGUAUUGCGAAAGCGACAUCGCAGCGGCUCACGCGAUGCAGAUGUUACGCGUGGGCUGCGGCAGGAGGUCGUCGUGGAGAUUGACGAUGGUAACGAGGAUGAAAGCGUCAGCGAUGACUGCGUCGACGUCGAUGUCAAUUUCGGCGAGGCUGCAGAGGGUGUCAAGAGCGACUCUUUCUUUCAGCGAGGCCAACUCGCGCGCCCGGCUGGGGCUUCAUCCCCACCGCUAAAGCGUACGCUCAAAGAUCCUUUUCACAGAACUACAAUGACUACCGACAUCUCUGCUGCAGAGAGGGCGCAUGUGCCGACGAGCGCAGCCAGGCAGGUGACUACGGUGUGCGUUGAGGAGGACGAUGUGACGGUCUGUGUGCCCCAACAGGGUUGCGUUAGCAUCACUGAGGUGAGUUCCGAAGAUGAGACGAGAUCCUGA